CAUAUAUUAUCUUUCUCAUUGCUUCAGCCCCAAAGUAAAUUAAACGUUCUUCAAAAAAUCAAAUCGAGUCUAACGCUGGAUAUUUCGAUGUCUUCGAGUUCCGAUCAGUUAUCUUUUUUAUUAUUAUUCUAUUUUAUCAAUGAUCUUUUAUUAAUAAUUUUAAACGAAAUAUUAAGGUUAUAUUGGAUAAAUUCGAAUACAGGCGCGUACAAUUUAACAUUCCAUUGGUAUCACCAAUUUAACGCCUUGAGGCUAACCAACAUGGUGGCAGGGGAAUCAAAAAUUGUUCUCCCAUCGUACGGUGGAUAAUGAGAGGAUUUUAUUAUCAAGAAAUUCAAAAAAUCUCAAGUGACCUGACAAAUCAUUUACCAAAGGACAACUAUGAUGCACGGUUAAAUUAUUUGUUCUAAUGCGAAAGAGAGAAAGUUUAAUAAUGUCCUACGUACAAAUAACGAAAAGAAAAGGUUAAACUGACUACUGCUACUGCAAGAGAGAGAAAGAGAUAAAAAGAGAAAGUAAGGCAGAAAGAGAGAGACAGAUAGAUAGGUAGACUUGGCAACGUAACAACUGAUCAACCCGCCCCUUAAACUCAAGUUUGAAUCUUUUAACGGUCACGCAAGUUCGUCUGUACGCUAUUUAUUUUUCUGGACGUUCAAUUAUCUUAUUCAGGAUGGAAGUUAAUGACGAAGUCUUGGUUUGUGCAGCUGAAAUUAUUAAAGAUCGAUUGUACUUUGCGACAUUAGAAACAACAGUGAAACCCAAAAGUACGACCAACACGCAUUACUUCAGCAUCGAUGAUGAAUUAGUCUAUGAGAAUUUUUAUGCCGACUUUGGUCCGUUAAACUUAGCCAUAUUGUAUCAGUAUUGUCAAAAAGUUAAUAAAAAACUCAAAGCAGUGAUUCUGUGUAAAAAGAAAAUUGUACAUUAUACUACAAUGCAUCCAGAAAAAAGAGUCAAUGCCGCAUUUCUGAUAGGAAGCUACGCUAUACUGUAUUGCAAACGUACAGUGAAAGAAGUUUUUGAUUGUUUGACUAAUUGUCCUAACAGUCCACCAUUUAUAAUGUUCCGUGAUGCUUCGGUUGGUUCUCCGUGUUAUAAAAUAUCUUUAUACGAAUGUUUAAGUGCUAUUGACAAGUGCCAUCGACUUGGUUUUUUCAAUUUUCAAGAUUUUCGUGUUAAGGAAUACGAACAUUUUGAAAGGGUUGAAAAUGGUGAUUUAAAUUGGAUUGUUCCGGGAAAGUUCAUCGCUUUCUGUGGACCACAUGCUAAAUCCAAAAUUGAGAAUGGGUAUCCGUUGCAUGCACCAGAAUCAUAUUUCGAUUACUUCAGACGUAAUAAUGUCUCUACAAUUAUACGACUUAAUACUAAAAUCUACGAUGCAUCUAGUUUUACAGAUGCGGGAUUUGAACACAAAGAUCUUUUCUUCGUGGAUGGUUCAACCCCAACAGAUUCAAUAAUGCGUCAAUUUCUAAAAAUCUCCGAAAAUGCUAGUGGUGCUGUAGCUGUACAUUGUAAAGCAGGUCUUGGCAGAACUGGUUCACUUAUAGGCUGUUAUAUUAUGAAACAUUAUCAUUUAACUGCUCAUGAAACAAUAGCAUGGAUUAGAAUAUGCAGGCCAGGUUCUGUUAUUGGACAUCAACAGCAAUGGCUAGAAAAAAAAGAAGCGUUUCUUCACUCGUUGCUGAAAGAACCGCUACACUCUGAUAAUAGAAAUCCAAUACAUAAAUAUGGUAUAUAUUCAAUAAUGGGAAGACCUAAGACCUCAUUCUUAUUAAAUCCGAAUAAUAAUCGUGUCAUACAAGAUAAUGUUUCUGGAAUAAUGCAUAGAGUUGAUGGAAUCAAAUUGGAUGAUUCUACUUCUAUAGCAACUCUUAAAACAACUAAUAGACACCCAUCCUCGACGUUAACGCAAGGCGACAAAUUAAAUCAAAUUAAAGCUAGGAGAAGAAGGUUACGAAUAAAUCAAUCUUCUCUGGGCACUCCUCCUGGAUCAUCGACAGUUGUUCAUCCAUAUCUAGGACCAUUACUGCAAACUAGAAAUCAAAAAGGAGCAGCUAUAGCUACAUUAGCUGGAAAUAAAGAGAAAGGUCCUUUAAAAAGUUUGCUUGCACGGUCGACAACAACAACAACAGUUGUCAAAAGAAAUUGUAAAAACGGUGGUUGGCUGACGAUCAACAAUAGCUACGAUCCGUCUACUCGCCGUGUUAGAUCUAAACCAACAACACAGAUCCAUAGUAUCAACAACAAUACAACUACUACUGCUUCUGUCACAUCUAUGUCUAUAUCCAAAACAGUAACUAAGGCGAGUAUGAGAAGUUCCUGCAUCUCAGAGGCCCGUGCUACAAACUCGUCUACAAAUCAUUCGGUUGCACAACCACAACCAGGCAUGAAUAUGAUUCUUAGGUCAGCAGACCGUGUUACCCGCUAUCAUUCUCUCAGGCAUGCGCGCACGACAAAAAGUUGUAAAACUGCAUUUAUCAGAUGACUAACCGAUAUUCUCAGUGGCGUGGGGGAGGACAAUCCAGUAACCCGAGCGUCCCACCAGCGUCGAAGAUCUCAUCGCUUAAACCCCAUCAUUCAAUAAAUGCACUUCAAUGAUCUUUGAUAUUUGUAUAAACGAAUGCAGGUUAGAUAGAUUCUUUUAUUAUCGAGAAAAAAUUCCAAAUAUAUAUCUAUAGUCAUUUUCUUAUUGCAUAUUUUUCUUUUUCUUUUAAUAAAAAACAAGUAUUUAUCUCACUAGUUAAACUAAAAUAUAUUCAAAUUCUUUAAAGGAAUAUCGUCAAAAUGGUGAUAAAAACUUAUCACAUUUAAUACGUACAUACAAUUAUGCAAUUUUACUUUUAAUCGUUCUUCCAAUUUGUGAAACGUUGAACGUUCACAUUAAAAGAAAAAAAAAGGCCAAGACAGGAAAUUGUCACUUUUAUCAUUGUCAUCAUAAUCUCUUUUCUAUUAAUCUUCUGCUGGUCAGACAAAUAGAAAAGUAUAAUAAAUAUAUUUCCGCAAGAUUGUGUUGAUUUCGAUUAAUUGUCUAAUUGGAUUGUUCGUUAUCUUUUCUUUCAAUCAGAUCAUAAUAUUCAGAUUUAAUUUUACCUUUAUUUCUCGAUAUACAUAGUAAAAUGUAAGAAUCUUAUUACCGAGUUCUUUAUUGUAAGACAAUUCGUGACAUGUAAUAACAAAGUGAAUUUGAAAAUGACUAUUUGUCUAUCAUUGAAAUACAAAAGUUUUGUAUCGAUGCAUUACAUUACAUCACAUAUAACUUUCGCGUAACCAUUCUGUAAAUAAUAAUUAAAAACAACUAAGUCUUUAGAUAGAUUGGAUAUUUUUCUUAAAUGUGUUUCAUCGCUUUUUGAGCUCGGUAAAUGGCAUUGGGGGACAAAAAUUUGCAAUUCUACAGUGCACACAAACCUUAUAUAUAUAUAUAGAACUAGUUUAUAUGUUAUUAACAAAGUAUAUAUAAUUGUCUUUCAAUGUAUUAAAGAAGAAAAUUGAAAACAAUAGUGUAUAGAUAUAAUAAUUAUAUCGUUUCUUUUGCCAGCAACGCAUGUGCGUGUACGCGUAUGCGUUAAAGGCAAAAAGAAAAAAUUGUAUGUAUCAUAACAUCUCCUUCUAAUUUUAAAUCAAAUAGAAAAUAACUUAUCAGAAGCUAUAGUUAUUUUCAAAAAUUAUAUUACACUUCAUAUUAACACUUGUUAUAAUAUUAUAAUAAUGUAUGUAAGGCAUAGUCAUUCAAAAUCUGUAUUUAAGUAGAACACGUUAAUCCUUUGCAGUCGUAAAUUAGUAAGUUGUAUCUUGCAUCUACACGCUAAUCAUUUAUUGUUCAUACACGUCGCACUGUGCGAAUAUCGCAAUAUUAUAAUUAAUACAAAAAAUUAAUGGAUUUGAAAAUAAUUAUAAUUAAUACGACUGUAAAGGGUUAAAAAAAAAAGAGAAGGUAUAAAUAUUCAAAAUGCUACACAUGGCUUCAUCGUGGUGCAAAAAUUAUUUUCAAAUCUUUUGACCGUACGAUUAUAUUUUAUCGCAAUCGUUCAUGUAAAUCUAUUCAAGUUUCUUUCUCUUUUACAUUUUUGUAACAACGUUAACUUAAAAACAUAUCACGAAAAAUAUAAUUAUAAUAAUCUGAGAAGAAGUCAAUAUUUAAAACGCUAAUUGUAAAUAUAUUCUCCAUUAUUAUUAUCAUUAUUAUUAAGUAAAAUAUUUAAGCAAGUAUUUAAAUUACUUUUUUCUCUUUUUUUUUAUUCUCUUUUUAAUGCAAAAAUUAAAAAUCUAGUCUAAUAUAUACGAUUAAAAAAUUUAUCUCUUGUUGUACAUAUCAAAGGAUUUGAAAACGAAAAGAAAUAUUUCUAAUCCUGAUGUAGCAAUGUGUAGAAUGUAUAUAAAAUUAUUUAAAAUAAGUAUAACACCAAUGUUAUAAGCUGUUACCAUUAUGGAUUAAUAUUCGCAGUCCCUUUUAAUUAAAUUUUUUAGAGAUAUCCAAUAAUUGAAUAAAUUAUUUGAUUUUUAUAUCAAAUAAUGUAAUAUAUUAUUCGAUGUGUAUUUCUUUUCUUUUUCCUUUUUUUCUUUUUCAAAAAAUUACGUAAUCCAUCAUAGCAGCUUAUACAUUUUGCGAUAUCACAAAAGAUGGAAUUUUAUAUAAUUCGCCAUGCGAAGACACAAUAUUGUAAUAUUUAUACAUCAUGGUUGUUUCUAACAACUUAGUCAAAUGUUCUUUGCUCUUAGAUGAUGCACAGAAAUAUUUUACUGUGGAGAAUCCACAGGAAAUGAUUCUAAGGAAUUGCAUAAAUUUACAUUAAGUAAUAUGAAUAACAAAUAGAAUGCCAUUUCCAAAUAUAUUACAGUAUAAUGAUUCAUGCGGAUUGAAAGAACAGUUCGCAUGUAAUUACAACCACGUACAUUAUAUGAGGUUUAAAAUAUUUCUGUAAUUCACUUAAAACAAACAAACAAACAAACAAAAAAAUAUAUAAAAUAAAAUAAAAUAAAAUCAACAAAAAAACAAGGAAUAAUAAUAUUAAUAAUAAUAAUAAUAAUAAUAGUGAAGUAGUAAUUAUUAGUAGCGUAUAAAAAGAAAUAUUCUGUUUUCCAUUAACACUUUUUAAAUAAAACUAAUGUUUCUAAUAAUAACAAAUACACGAAUGCUUUUGAUGUAUAUGCGUAUAUCACGUGUACCAAGAAAAAAUUUGUUGUAUGUAUGACUUUUUAUGCAGAUGCAAUAAGAGGAAGCAUUUAAAAAAAAUAAAAAUUGCUUACACAGAUAUUGUCAUUGACGUAUGACAAGCAAACUAUUUUAGUAAUACGAUAUAAUCGAUGUGUCAUAGCAGAUCCUAGAAAAAUAGGAUCUUAGAGAGAAAAUGAAAAUGUUUUAUAGAUUUGAAAAUAUUUGCUGAGAAUUGUAGAUAUAUAUGAAUUACUUCUUUUGUAUUUCUAACAAAUAAUUUAUUUCACGAUUAGAAAUCAAUUAUUUUAUUAGCUCGAAAAAUCACUUUAUGGUUUUUAUUAUUUUUUUAAGAUAAAAGGAUUAUAAAUCGGCAUAAAAAAUUGUUAAGGCCUAAGAGUAUGAAUAGAAUUAUUAUUACGAUAAUAAAAUUUUAAUUAAAUGUGGUUGCGAAUUGAACGUCGAAAAAAAAAACUCUUUUAAGCGAAUAAAUACUUUAUUA